AACUCAAGAGAAUCAGUGAUCACAAUUUAUAGUAAAAUGGCAGGAAUAGGAACGUGUGCUCCCCACUAUGCCUACACAGUGGUGUAUGUGAAGGAUGUGAGCAAAUCUCUUGAUUUCUACUCCAAAGCCUUUGGCCUCACUGUUCGCAGGCUCGACCAUAGCCGCAGGUGGGGUGAACUUGAAAGUGGAAGCACUACAAUUGCCUUCACACCCAUUGAACAGCACGAGAUGCAGAUAACAGAAAAGGGGGAAGAGCAUGAUAGGCUGUAUGAUCAUCAGAGGAACAAACUGGAACUAUGUUUCACAUAUCAUGACCUUGAUUCUGCUUUCAAGCGUGCAGUGGAGAAAGGAGCUGCAUUGGUGGCAGAGCCAAAAGAGAAAGAAUGGGGACAGAAAGUGGGUUAUGUUCGUGACAUUGAGGGUCAUGUUGUACGAUUGGGAAGCGUGGUUGUGGAACCCAAACACUGAUUAUAUAUUUUCUUAGUUUCAUUUGUUAAAUUACAGUGGAUCUUUGAGUUAUACAUGUUCUGUGGGUUAUAUUUUCUUAGUUUUAUUUGUUAAAUUACAGUGGAUCUUUGAGUUA